CUUCCUGGUAGGCAGACAAUCCGUCUUUUAUCUCACUGACGGUGUUUUUAAAACUGAUUCAUUUACAUGUUGUCCUCAGGGCUUAUGGACUGCUAGAGGGAUUCUGACAACAUUUUUCAGGACUUAAUUCCGUAUAUUUGCUCUCCAUUAACACACAGUUUAUAUUAGUGAACCAGGACUGAAGCAGCUGCUUAUUGAGAAGAAAGUGAGCUGAAGAAUCUUUGCCGCCUCUAAAAAAGGAUCAGUUUGAAGAAUCUCAUGACAAGUUACAGCAACAGAGGAUUUUUCAACCAUGCCUACCAUGACAGCGAGACUCUGGAGAUGGAUAGAAGGUAUUCAAGUAAAAGCCACCACACUAACCCCUAUGCCAGCCAAGACCCGGCCUCGUGGGGUGAGUUUCCUGAUCGGACCCCCAGUGAUGGUGCUGUAGGGAGGGCACCAUGGCAGGGGGAGAGCUGGAGGCAGACAGGAGAAAACACCCCCAUGGGCCCCAUCACCACACGGCAGCAUAACCUGAAUCGCAGUACAUUUCACACGGACUCACAAAAUGAUCCAUCUCCACCUUUUCAACUUCCUUCUGCAAUGUCAGGUAACAUGACAAUGAGAUGGAGAAGAAUGACAGUGAGAAGGAUGAGCAUGUUUCCUGACGCAGAUCCCGCACAUGUAGCUUUCACAGAGAAUGCCAUCAGGAAUGAGAUGGAAAAUGAGGAACAAGACCUUGUCAAAGAACUUCUUGCUAUGUCCGCACGAGACCGGACCCGGGCCAUUCGGGACCUUCCAAUGAGUUUUGAAGAGAAGAAGCAUAUCAGGAGCCAAGUAGAGGCAUUAAAGUCUUUAAACAAAUCGCGCCAGUUCACAUGUUUUGCAGAUUGCUCUGAAAAUGUGUCACUGUCUUUUCGCAGGGCUGGUUACAGUAUAAAGUCAGCCAGGCAGACCCUGGAACUGUGGCAAGGCAUCAUGAAAGAGAUCGGUGGCAAGUUUGGCUCCAGUGUUCUCUCCUAUUUCGUGUUCCUCAAGUGGCUUCUCAUGUUUAACAUUUUCUCCUUCCUGGUCAACUUUGGCUUCAUUACCAUACCGCUGCUUGUUUACGACCCCUCACCAAACAUACCCCCAAAUGUGAGCUUCAGAGGACUGGAGCUACUCUCUGGAGCUGGGUAUUUCACCUAUACUGUCAUGUACUAUGGUGGCUACAACAAUGCAACUACUGUGGGUCAGGUGGAAUACGACAUGCAGCUAGCCUAUUUCUUCACCAUCGCAGUCUAUAUGGUGUUGUGUGGAAUCGCACUUAUUUUCAGCAUGGCAAGCUCAUUUAGGCAGAACUAUGUUCUAGCAGACUCUGUUUCGGACAGUGCAUGGCAGCUUCUAUGCAGUUGGGACUUUAGUGUAACCAAUGAGAGGGCAGUGAGACAGCGCAGGAACAACCUCCGUGUCCAACUCAAGGAAUCUUUAUCAGAAAAAGACCAAGAGGAACUUCUAACGCUUUCUGAAAAACUGAGGCACUAUGGGGUUCAUUUCGGUUCCUGGCUUCUCUCCACCGGCUUGGCUGUUGGUUGUGGAGCCAGCAUCUACUAUCUCUGCCAGCAUGAACAGGAGCGGGCAACAGAUACUGAAAACUGGUCUCUGAGUCAAGAGGCAGAGACUCUCCUGGUUCCCUUUGUGGUGUCUCUGAUGAACCUCGCUAUCCCACUUUUUUACUCCCUCUUCAACAAAUUUGAACACUACUCCAGCCAGCGCCGACAGAUCUACACUCUGGUAGUAAGAAAUGUCUUCCUCAGAUUGGUCAUUCUGGCAGUUUUAUGUUACUACUGGAUGAAUGUGGUGGCUGAGAAGUUUUCGUGCUGGGAGUCCAUGGUAGGACAGGCUUUGUACCGUCUGGUCAUCUUUGAUUUUCUGUUUCUGAUGUUGGGAUCCUUCUUUGGAGAGUUUCUUAGCAAUGUAAUUGGGACCAGAUUACUACCAAGUCUGGGGGUUCCAGAGUUUGAUGUCGCCAGAAAUGUCCUCGACCUCAUCUACGCACAGACUCUGGCCUGGAUUGGCAUCUACUUCUCUCCUCUCCUGCCUGCCAUCCAGAUUCUCAAAUUCUUUCUCUUGUUUUACUUAAAAAAGGUCAGCCUGAUCCAGAACUGCCAGCCUCCCCGGCGAUCAGGCAGGGCAGCUCAGAUGCGAACUAUCUUCAUCUUUCUGCUCUUCUUCCCUUUCUUCGUGGGAGCCCUGUCAGUGGUUGCAUACACUGCUUGGACACUGAGUCCGUCUGAGCAGUGUGGCCCUUUUCGGGGACUCAACAGCACCUUCACUGUGGUUGAAGUCUGGAUGACAGAUCUGGAGGGACUUUCUGAUUCUCAGUGGGUAGUCUGGAUCUACCAACAUGUCAUCAGGAGUGAACUCUUCUAUUUUCUUGUCACACUGAUCAUCAUUGUCAUCAUAUACAUCUUUUGGCAAGUCACUAAAGGCCGCCAGGAGCUCAUCAGACUCCUGAGACAACAGAUUAUAAAUGAGGGGAAAGACAAAUCCUUUUUGCUAGACAAGCUGCAGAACCUCCAGAAAUCUCUCCCGAACAGAAAUCCCAAACAAAAGAAGCAAAAAGAGCACACCAAACGGCGUUCGGAUAACCACUCCUCGAGCAGUCAUUCCAACUCAAACGCCAUGGUUCAGGCUUUACUUGCUCGCCGGCAGUUUGAAGAAGAGGGGGACAGAGGCAGCGCUGAAGGAGUGCCCGUUCCCUCCGACAUCUCCACCUCCAGUGCGGUGAUGCAGGCCAUGUUAGCCCGGCAGAGAGCUGAGAGAGAGCAGGAUGAUGAAAACUCUUCCUCCUCAGACGCUCUGGUGCAGGCCUUUGCAGCCAGGCAGAGGGCCGAGGCUCAAGAGAGGGAUGAAUACUACAGCACAGCAAGUUUUUCCGAAAACCCUGUCAGCGGUUCCAGCGCCGUCAUGCAGGCCAUGCAAGCCAGACAAAGAGCAGAGGCGGAGAGAGGGCAUGAUACGGACGACCUGCCAUCUCCGGUGUCAAGCGUUAUGAUGCAAGUCAUGCAGGCCAGGCAGAGAGCAGAGGAAGAAGACAGGAUUCAGUGGGUCCCUGCUCCACCACAAAGCACUGCUCCUCCAGGCUCUAGUGCUCUCAUCCAGGCCAUGUUGGCCCGACAGCAGGCCCAGAAUGAAUAUGAUGAUGGUUACUGAACAGGGGCUCCAACUUUUAAGCCACAGAGAGAAAAGUAGACGUGAAAAGAACAUUUGUACGCACUUUCAAGACUAACAAACUGCACUUUAUGUUGUCACUCACAGUGAGUUAGCGUCAGUCCAGAGGUGAGGUAAUUUCCUCAGACUGUGCUACACCCAGUCCUGCUGUACAUGCAAAAGAAAGGCUAUGAGAGAGUGCAGGUCCACCUCUUCAUGCACUUUUUACUGAGUAAAUUUCAUAAAUCACUACUCUAAAAAUGAACACUAGGCCUGAUCUUGUGCCAUUUGUAAUAUUAUUUGUGUAUCAUAAACAGAAGUUGUCAAUACUAUAUGGAAAAGCAAAAAUAAAUACGGCUCUGCAAAAUUA